AUGCCCGGCCUAACCGACCUUGCCACUGAACUCUUCUACGAGAUUUCCUCCCAUCUCGACGAACACGCCAACAGAACCCUGCGGCUCGCCUCGAAGAAGUUAUGCGCUGUCGCUUCCUCUAUUGCGCUUUCGCAGCUCAAGAUCGACUGUCAAGCCUCCCUAACAAAGACAGUGCAGAAAUUAGAAGCCUACGGGACACGUUCUACGAGGGGUGCCGACUACGUUAGCAAAGCCGUCAUACUGUCACUAUCCCCGAAGGAGAAGACCCCAACUCUCGAAAGCAUUGCUCGGUCGAUCCAUCUCGGGCUUCAGCUGACCCCAGCGGACAAGACGUUCCUCGAGGCGAAACUCUUGACCAAGUUUACCUCUGCGUUGUUCGCCUUGAAGGAUGUGCGAUCCAUCUCCUGGCAUACGAGCGCGACGGAUCCCUCAUGGGCUUUCAAGGCUAUCUACGGCUAUGUAGUCGCCCGCAAGGUCCCGGUCUUCCACGUUGACUUUACAGGAGGUUUCCACCUCGAUUUGACCAAUUUCGACCGCAUCACCUGUCUUCGAUGUUUUUCGUUCACCAAUCUUCCCGAGUCCAAGCCUAUUUACAAUAUUCGCCUCCUUCGAGCGGCGGCCAAGAUCAUUCACAAUAGCCCCGACCUCGAGAGCCUCGAAAUCUCAACUGCCUACAAGGAAGCCAUCGCCGAUGCGCCGACCGUGAGCCACCUCCUCCGGGGUGAUCUACCCCCUCUCUCGCUCAAGCACCUCAGCGUCUGUAGACUGCGUUUUCCCCUUGACGACAGCAUCCUCCCGCACUUCCGCUCCCUCAAGUCUCUCAGCGUCCAUCACAACUUCGAUGGGGCCCGGUCGGAUAUCUGGGACACCUUGAAGGACGAGAAGAUCCAUCGACAUCAACGUCAAGGAUGUCAACAAGGCGUUCCUCGACUACCUGAAGUACUCGGGUCUGCAGGAACUCGUGCUCGACAACCGCGACAGGGUGUGGGCGAACAUGUGGAAUCUCGACCCGUUCUAUUCGAAGACCCUGCCGUGCCAUUCGAAAUCGUUGUUCUCCGAACUUAA